GAGUCCUCUUCGAGUCCUCGUCACUGUCCUUAUUGUCGCCGCUUAUUCUUAUCUCAAUACAUUCAUUUCUCUCCGUGCAUCCGCUUCGCAAUCGGAUUCGGCUGAGCUGCCCACGGGCACAACAUAUCAGACCGACCACUCCUUUGCCUGUCGUGGCAAUUGACCACGUUGAUGGCCGAUCUCAGUCGUCUUUCAGAUCGAGAGAUUGUCGAGGCACUGCUCGACAGGUAUGGUGUUGGCGAACUAGGUCGCCUUAUCCUCAACAUUGACCAAUCUCGACGCAGCUCUGUUCACUCCUCAAGACCAGACUCACCGAUCUCGACUGUAUCGCUCACAUCGAAUUCCUCUCAAUCAGGGCGUUAUGCUGCAUCUAGCGCUUCAAGCGUCCCACCACUUCGCCGGAGCUGCGACACGAACAACAGCGCCAUAUCGUUCGCUUCACAGUACCUACAUGCACCACACCUCCAACAUCCUUCUCCUCUCGGUCCGGACCCAACUCUUUACGAGCCCAUAACCCAACCAGGAGCUUACCAAGCUUAUGGUGUAACCUCCGCACUCCCAGGAAGCAGCCCUCUGAACCAGAUUCAAUCGCCACUCGAUUGCCCUACUGUCAACAUCUCGCAGCCUAAGGAGAUGAUCGAGCAACCGAAAAGACAGUUAUUUUGCACCUUUUGCGCUGAGCAAAAUGUCCAAAAAUCAGUGACUUUCAAAACGAAAUCGGACUGGAAGAAACAUGAGACAAACUUUCACGAAACAGGACAUGAAUGGCGAUGCAACGUUCAUGGAUGCUUCCGGAUAUUUGAACGUGCCAGCGACUUCUUGAAGCAUCAGCAGCGAGAACACCGGCAUAUUCCAGAUUCUACCGACGACGCCAUAGUCAAACUACCAGACAGGGUCGCAUUUGGUUGCGGCUUCAAGGGCUGUAAAUAUGUAUCAUACGACUGGGAUGAUCGUUGCAAUCACGUUGCAAAAUGUCCGCUCUUCUUUGCUGGCGCCGACUGGGAUUAUUCAACAAGGAUACGAAAUCUUCUGAGACAGAAUUGUAUACAUGACGAGUGGAAGAGAUUUCUUAUCAGCAUCUGCUAUGCCUGGAACAUAGAUCGCACCAAGCUACGUUGGAAUCCAAAAACCUCAAGAGUACUCCGACAAAAGCUCGAGUGUAAUGACUUCGCUGAUGUCCCUCUCUUAAAUUUCUUCAUCAAUGCUGUUGAGCUCGGACUAGGCCAAUCCCCAGUCCCGGAUAGUUUCACUACGCCCAGAGCUCAAGUCACCCCAGACCAGAAGCCAUCAGAUGUUCAACAGCCUCAUGCGCAGUAUAUCCCUAUUGGCCCUCAAGGCUCAGACAAGCUUGUGCCGGAUAAACACCCUCACGAAGAUAUGGAAGCACUCCUAGGCGAGAACCAUGAGCUACCUGCAACUUUCUAUCUGCCGGACGACACUUUCGACCACGAACAGACUGCAUACUCCACUCUGAGUGAUAUUGAUUCCCAACGUCGCGCCAGCGUCACCAUGCUUGAUGUACUCGACGAACCUGGUCUGGAUCUAUGGCCGGCUACUGAACCUAUCGAAAACGUGGGUCUGCCUGCUUGUGGCAGCCAAUCUCAAGAAUUACCGAACAGUGAACUACAAAUCGUCAAUCCGGGGCAACCUUCCCAUCCGGUUGUCGAAACAUAUCAUCAAUACACCGACUCUGUUGGGCCUUCGCGGUCGACCCCCGUUCAACGUUUCAAUUUCAAGAAGUCCGUCAAACGAGUAAAAAGCAAUCUGUCGUCUAAGAAGUCGCAACAAUUCCACCAAGGCAUCACCUACAAUCACCCUGAUCUUCCCUUGGGGGCUCAUUCACCGAACACAAGUUCUGUCAGCUCACGUUCGGCGGGUGGUAGUCGUGUUGAUCUUGGCCGCAAUGUAAACAUGCAAUCUUGAUCCUGCUGACUGUUAUACUUGACAAUUACUCUUACUUUCCUUUCAUUCGUUCGUUGUUCUCUUCUAAAGCUCGGUGUUUUGUCUAUGUAACGUUCUCGGACUCUCUUGUGUCACCAUGGUCUUUCAUGAACACAUGAAACGCGUCCAGUCUUUUGAAUGCUCUUUUCAUUUCAUGUAGUGCUUUCAACCUUCUUCAAUCCCUCUUUUAUAUGGAUCUUACAUAGCCUUUUCACUCUCUUCUUCUUCUCCUUCUUCACUUCGCUCGGAAUUCUGGAUAUUGGUAGGGGCAUCAUGGGUAGGGCUACGGGCACUUCCUUUUACAAGGAGUUCACGGUCGGUCAAUGGGAUGCAUGGGCAUAGAACAGGAAUGGGAAUUGAUACCAGGUUUGGGAAUACGGCAUUGGCUAGCCUUACUAAGGAUAAUUUGGCAUCGGGUGUUUAGCAUUAUGAAUUGGGAAUUUGCACAUUUGGUCGGAUAUCUUAGG